CCCUGCCUAUAAAAGCAGGGAGCAUGCGGUGCGAAACAGAGAGAACGAGAGGGAGAGGGGGAUCGCGAGAAAGAAGAGAGAGGAGAGGAGAAGAGAGAGGGGUUGUUUUCCCUUUGCCCAGACCAAACCCGAGAGAGAGAUUGAGAGAGAGGGCCGGAGUUAGAGAGAGAGAGAGAUGAGCGUAAGUUAAGGAGAAAGACCCGAGAGUUGAGAGAGAGCGAGAUUGGGGGAAGAGAAGGGCGUACCGUGGUGGCUGGGUCACCGGCGACGUGGCAGCAAACCCGCAACCCAGAAUCGUCACGUUAGAAAAAAAAUUGAAAGUGAAAUCACACCGACAAAAGCGGUUUUGGGAAUAUCCUUACAUUUUCCAAUUUGCUUUCACAAAAAUUGAAGGAGUGGGUGGUUUUGGGAAAUGUUCUAUUGUUUUGCAGUUUGCAGUUGCGGCGCAGUAUACCUCGAACAAUAGUCGAUACCACUUCAAUAUAAGCAGAAGUAGAGCAAAUACAGAUCAAAGUCCAACACAUCACCACCGUCGCUUUCCAUUACCUUUUCGGAGCUCCAUCAAUGACUGACGCAAACCUUGCCUACCUCUCCCUCCUCCUCCUCUUCCCUCUAGGUCUCCUCGUUGUCCUCUACCUUAUAGCCCGGCCCCGUCCCGUCAGGGUCCCGAUCAAGAACCGCCACGUGUUCAUCACAGGCGGAUCGAGUGGGAUUGGGCUCGCCCUGGCCCACCGGGCGGCAUUGGAGGGCGCGCGAGUGUCGAUCCUCGCGCGGUCCAUCGACAAGUUGGAGGCGGCAAAGCAGGAGAUCCUGCUCGCCACAGGGAUCAACGUGGCGGUGUUCGCGGCGGACGUGCGGGACUACGACGCCCUAUCGAGGGCGGUGGAGGAGGCCGGGCCCAUCGAUGUGCUGGUGGUGAAUCAAGGGGUGUUCGUGCCGCAGGAGUUGGAGAGGCAGGGGUUGGAUGAGGUGAAGUUCAUGCUGGACGUGAAUCUGAUGGGGGCUUUUAACAUGGUCAAAGCUGCUUUGCCUGCCAUCAAACUUCAGCGAAGGGACCAUGGCCCCGGUUCCAUCGCUCUCAUGUCUUCCCAGGCCGGUCAGGUGGGUAUAUACGGCUACACAGCGUAUUCCGCUAGUAAGUUUGGGCUUCGGGGUUUGGCAGAGGCUUUGCAACAAGAGGUCAUUGCCGAUGACAUCCAUGUCUCUCUUAUAUUCCCUCCAGACACCGACACUCCCGGUCUAGUCGAAGAAACCAAGAUAAGGCCACAGCUCACCAGUAUCAUUGCAGCCUCCUCUGGUGCAAUGAAAGCUGAUGAAGUUGCCAAGAGAGCUUUAAAUGGCAUCAAAUCUGGUAGCUUUAUUAUCCCCUGCAACUUUGAGGGUCUGUUGCUGUCUAUAGCAACUGCUGGUUUAUCCCCUCAGAGAUCAGUCCUGAUGGCAUUUGUCGAGAUUGUUGCUGCUGGUAUCACCCGCUUUGCAGCUCUAUGCUUCCAGUGGAACUGGUAUGGAAGCAUAGAAAAGUGGCACGCAAAACAACAUUGAACCUAUGAUUCACGAAUACCUUGGAUGGCGGUUGUCUAUUGUGCCAAGUUUCAAGUUUCCCUGAAGUUAAUUUUUUAAAACAUUUAAAAGUGCGGCAAGUUUAUUGUAUGGUCGUUGUGCCGUAGAAUUUUAUUGUAAUCAGAUGUUUUGAAGAUGCUUCUUAACAAGUUUUUCUAAUUCCUCUUCCAUGUCAA